AUGAAUUUGAUUAAAGGGUUUCACAUCAUACUCUAUCUCUACCUUGAGCAGCUGUUCACAGGCCUCUGCUUUGCGCAGAAUAACGCUACCGGUACCGCGGGCCUCGGCGGUGCUUGCAAGGGUAACGAAAUCACCACCCGACAAGUCAGCCACUGCCAGUGUCAGUUGACAGUAGGCACACAAUGCAAGAACUGCGAUCUGAGCCAAGAUUGCCCGAAUUCAGGCUCCAUCUACAGCCACAGUCAACUCGAGAAAUGUGGCGUGGGCUGUACGGACGACAACAACGCGUGUAAUUCUUGUUACAUCUGGUUCGAACAACUGUGCAAGUGUCUCCAAGAUGGAGCAGCAGUUUGUCCACAAAGCCCAUCGACGUCCGCGGGCGCUUACUGGGUCUUGAUGAGCUCAGGGAGCCUGAUGACAACUACGCAGCUGAUACCGGGAAUUCGAGAACUCAGUAUUGAGGACCCUUGGGAAUGGGGACAACAGCUGUACACCCGGGGCUCUCAGGCACUAGCCAUCAAUUCGGCCCGCACGCGCAGCCAGGAGCAGAUUCACAUGCAUAUAUGUUCGAUCAAUCAGGCCGCACAAACCUACCUGGACAACUUGGAUCAUACCAAUUAUCAGUCCCUGACAAAGAUACCAGGGAAGCCUUGGUAUUGUCGAGCUAAUCAAAAUAAGGGCCAGCCGAUCUCGGGCGUGACAGCGGACACUCAGAAUAGGCUAGCAAGCGGUCAGGUGUGUGUGGAUUAUGUUGGAGCUGCCGUGAUUGUGGACAGCAGAGAUCGAACUUGGGCGUGCGUGACUUACGAUGAUAGCACGACUGAAUACGUCUUCUGCCAUUAA